AUGGUAAAAUUGACAGUCGUUCAACAGCACGAUUCGUACUGUUCUCCUACUUGCAAAACUUACGGUAAAAACUACACAACUGCUGAGGACGCCAAACGCAAAGCCAAUUUCAAAAAGGCAGAUGAUUUCAUCAAGAAGCAAAAUGCUCUUCCCAAUAGUUCCUUCAAAGUGGGUCAUAACGAGCUCAGUGAUCUAUUGGACUAUCGUAAUGACACUUGCCUAUCUGCCAUCAAAAACCAAGGACAGUGCGGAAGCUGUUGGGCUUUCGCCGCUAUCACUCCACUUGAAUUCGCGAAAUGCAAGGCUAACAAGACCAGUGUCGUUUUGAGUGAACAACAGUUGGUCGACUGCGAUAGAAACAGCACUAAUAAAGGAUGCAAUGGCGGUUUUUACUCAACCGCUUGGAAAUAUCACAAGGCGGUCGGUGGAGCUGCGAAACAAUCCCUGUACGCUUACAACGCUGGUGCAAAUAACACUUGCAAGUUCAAUACCAGCAUGGUCGGAGCCAAAGUCUCUAGUUUCGCGGCAAUUCCAGCCAAAAACGUCACAGCAAUGCAGGGGGCUAUCCAGAAGUACGGCCCUAUUGCUGUAGCCAUUACCGUCAUCAAUUCUUUCCAAUAUUACACAUCCGGCGUUUACGACGAUGUGAAGUGCAACAAUCAGAGCAUAAAUCACGCGGUUUCAGCCGUCGGUUGGGGGACGCAAAAUGGAACAAACCAUUGGAUCAUCCGUAAUUCGUGGGGAACCUUCUGGGGACUAAAGGGUUACAUGCUAAUGAAGCGCGGUGUCAAUCUUUGCAAAGUUGAAGAUUAUGCUUACUACGCUAUUCCUUUAUAAGAAACCCGAUCUUAUGCUAUUCUGU